AUGGGAGCUCUCAUCGUGAAGAAGACAAAGAAGACCAAGGUUCUAUUUAUCUCCUACGAAUACACGUUCGGGACGUUUUCUGGGAACGGUGUCUUAGCCGCGAGCACGGUGAGAGGAUUUUUGAACGACGAUUCCGACUUUGACGACGACGACGACGCGAUGACGACGGAGAUUUUGGUGGUGUGCGCGAGACCAACAGAAUUGGAGGAAGAAUUACGUAUGGAAAAAGAAGACGAAGAAGAAGACAAAGGUGUUCUCUCUGUUCCGGUUCCGAAGUCGAAGUGGGGGAGGUUAGAUAAAACGUGCGCGUACGAAGAGUUCGCGACGAACGUCUCCGAGAAGCAGUUGGAGGCAAUCGUAAAGUUCCGAGCAGAUGUCGUUUUAGGCGUAGAUUGGUCCUCGCUGGAAGUCUACGAGAGAAUACGAAAACGAUAUCAAGAAGAAGAAGAAGACGGGUUUUCACCACCGCCUCCUCCUUUAACGUAUCUGAAUUACCGCGUGUUUACGUUACACGACGAAUCGCACCGGGCAUUAGAGCAACGCAUGAUUACCGCUUCGACGCACGUUAUUUGUUUGUGCAUCAACGACGCGAAAUUUUUGCGAGACGCUUUCGUAGGCGGCGAUGACGGCAAAGAGAUGGUCGUCGCGGUGGUGCUUCACCCGCCCUUGCGCGAGGACGUUUUAAGAGACGCCAAGAAUGCACUCGCUCGAGAACAACCAUCUCCUGUUACCUCUACUACUGGUGCGAAAAAGAAACGAAACGCUUUGACGUGCGUCGUUCGGUUGAGCAAAGAGAAGGAACCGGAAAGGUUCGUCGAGCUCGUCGAGGAACUCGCCAAGCGCGACGCUUUUGGUGAUACGUUGGUACCAAUUCUCGUCGCUCCUGCAACUUCAGAGUUUGCUGAAGGGUUGAAAAAGCGAUUCCGAGAGGCGACGAAGAAUAUACCGAACGCUUCCGAGUUGUGCAUCGAGUCCUUCUUGAACGCUACGCAGCUCGGUGAGAUUUAUUCGAGAACGAAAUUGAACGUACACCCGUGUCGUAAAGAUGCGUACGGCAUGACUGUUAUCGAAGCGGCGGCGUUUGGAGCACCAAGUUUGGUGUGUUCUGGAGGCAAAGUAGGAUCCAGUGAACUUCUCAUGGAAAACCAAGGUGUCUUUUCCUUCGACUAUGAGAACAAAUCCGUCGAAGCGCUCGCGGAUUUCAUCACAAACAUCGACGAGAAUAGAUUAGAAGAAGUAGCAAAAAUAGGAAGAGAGAGAGCUUUGGCGUACGACGAAACAGAAUACGCGCGUCUCAUAUCAAAGGGAAUGAUGAUACCGAAAGAACGAGGAGUAGAGACGAUUCGCGAAUUGGCAGAAUCAUACGCCAACGCGCUCAUCGCCUUCUCGCUGGAUUAUGAAAGCCGAGAAAGCGUGACAAUUAUGACAAGAAGCAGAGGCAAAGAUGACGACGGUGAUGAUGUAAAUAUAAUAAGUAGUAGUAGUGCAAAAACAUUAGAAUUAGAAGGUUGGAUAAUCACGGCGGACAAUCCCCACUCGAUGAAUACGGGUAUUGGAGCAAACGCAAUUGCAAAGAAAGCGCUCGAACACGAGCUCUUGGAUGCAUUUCCACGCGUUCAGCUCGGUCGCUCGCUGACUUCAGAAUAUGACUCGGAUGACCCCGAUGAAAUGAAAUGGAUCGAAUGUGGAUACUUCGUGCCUUUCAUUGGAUACAAGACAGAAGAGAGUAAGAUGAGCGUGGAACAACGCUAUAUUUUAUAA